CUCCUUCUCCCCCUCCAGCCCCCUUUGCCCUGCAUUUGUAACAGCACUAAGCUAUUGUUCUUCAUACCCAAUGGGAUAUUUUUAUGUUAACUCAUUUUCCUCUCAUCUGUCUGGCAGGUAGUCUCUGAACAAAUCUUGUGAAGAACACCUUGUGAGAGCUAAGCCCUAGGGAUGCUCUAGGUCAGAAAUGACUUGAAGCUACACAGCACUGACAAGCACAAGAAAUAUGUAGGAGAAAGAUAUAUUUCAAGAUACAUAUCUGUGUAAUCAAAGAGGCAAGGGAGGAUUGUACUGUUAAAAGAAGGGCUUGCAAAAGAGACCGGAAGAUUACAACAAUACAAAGACCGAGAAGAAGAAAUCUUAUGCUGUUUACGAGUAAAUAUUUAUGAAUUGCUGGCAUAAUAUUUGAAUCAUAAAUAUAAAAGAAUGGAAAAUCUUCUCCAUCCCUGUUCCCUAUCACAGCUACAUAAGUGCAUGGAGUGUGGGAAAUGUUUCAUUACGAGAAGUUAUCUAACUAGACAUCAACAAAUUCACACAGGAGAGAAGCCGUAUGAAUGCAUGGAAUGUGGAAAGAGCUUCAGUCAGAGUGGACAUCUGCAUUCCCAUCAAAGAAUCCACACAGGGGAGAAGCCAUAUCAAUGUGUGGAAUGUGGAAGGAGCUUCAGUCGGAGCGACAGUUUGCGUUCCCACCAAAGGACCCACACAGGGGAGAAGCCAUAUCAAUGUGUGGAAUGUGGAGUGAGCUUCAGUCGAAGUGACACUUUGCAUUCCCACCAAAGGACCCACACAGGGGAGAAGCCAUACCAAUGCAUGGAAUGUGGAAAGAGCUUCAGUCUGAGUGGAGACCUCCGUUCCCAUCAAAGGACCCACACAGAGGAGAAGCCAUUUCAGUGUGUGGAAUGUGGAAAGAGCUUCAGUCUGAGUGGACAUCUGCGUUCCCAUCAAAGGACCCACACAGGGGAGAAGCCACAUAAAUGCAUGGAAUGUGGAAAGAAUUUCAGUAACAGUGGGACUUUGCGUUCCCACCAAAGGACACACACAGGGGAGAAGCCAUAUCAAUGCGUGGAAUGUGGAAAGAGCUUUAGUCUGAGUGGAGAUCUCCGUUCCCACCAAAGGACCCACACAGGGGAGAAGCCAUAUCGGUGCGUGCAAUGUGGAAAGAGCUUCAGUCAAAGUGGACAUCUCCAUUCCCAUCAAAGGACCCACACAGGUGAAAAGCGAAAUAAAUGCAUGGAAUGUGGGAAAAGCUUCAGUCAUAAUGGGUCCCUGCGUUUCCAUCAAAGGACCCACACAGGGGAGAAGCCGUAUCAGUGCAUGGAAUGUGGAAAGAGCUUCAGUCAAAGUGGGCAUCUCCUUUCCCACAAAAGGACACACACAGGGGAGAAGCCAUAUCAAUGCAUGGAAUGUGGAAGGAGCUUCAGUCGGAGUGGGUCCCUGCAUCGCCACCAAAGGACCCACACAGGGGAGAAGCCACAUCCGUGCAUGGAAUGUGGAAAGAGCUUCAAAGAAAGUUUGACAUGCAUUAAGCAUGAAAGAACGUACACACGGCUAGAGGAGGAGAACUAGGAAACUCAGGUGCCCGGAAAGGGUCCCAUCUCUGUGCAGGUGGUGAAGAAUGGGAGAAGGGAACAACAGAGGGAGAGGUGCCGCUUGCGGGCAGCCGUUUAUGUUCCCUGGCUUGUGGGAGCAGGUCUCCCUCAAAGGACUCUUUUCAAUAUUAAACCAACAACCUCCCCCUCAAGGCACGAUCUGUGAAGGCCUUCUGACACGAGCAGGAGCUGAGAUCCCAUGAUAAAAGGGGUCUGGAAAAAAUAGCUCUUUGGGAGCAGGUAACGGCACCUCUUUGCACUGGAUCUUGGCUCUGCUUCUCCUUGGUUAGAAUUCUGGGCUGUGGCCUUGUUCCUGUCACCUUCUUCUGGACUCUGUUGUGUCCUGAAUCCUUGACUCUCAAUUAUUGAUUGACUUCCCCGCUUGAUUUAUGGAUGUGGACUUCAGUUUGUAUCCCUCACUAAACGCCUUGACUUUGGGACUCUGACUUUGGGACGUGCUUUGUUGCCGCCUCCUGAACAAUGUUGCAGACUUCUGUCCAUAGUUCUUCUGUCCAUAGUUCUUCUGAUACUCUAUUUAUUUAACCGAGCCCCUUAAACCUAUUUUGCACUUCCACUGCAUAUUCAGUAGGAAUGUUAGUGAGAGCAUAUCUAACCGGUCUGUGUGUUUUCCCUAAUCUCUUUAGUCUGAUUCUGAACUGCGUAAUAACAAGUUUGAGAUCUGAA